UAAAACUCGGUAUAAUCAGUCACUGCGCAGCGUUAACAACAGCGUCUUUAUAAGCUUCUGCUUUUUCGAGGAUGUUUCACAAGUCGUAUGCAUUAUUUGGACAUUAUUGAAAUUAAAUUUUUGAAACGGUUUGCAUUCUGUGGCGAAAAUCGAAAAUGAAAUUUUGUAUCACGUUAUUAAUGAUUGCUAUGAUGGUGAUGACUACCGCGUCGUUACCGCCACCAAAGAAAACUCAACUCGGAUCAACUACGGAAACACCGAUGACGAAUGUAACAAUAUCUCCAUUGAAUAUCAUAACAGUGCCGGAAUUUCCGUGUCCACGUGGCCAGCAACGUGACAUAAACGGAAAAUGUCGAUUGUUUUUGCAAAAUCUUAAGAAAUAGUUUCAAGAGGAA